UUAUGGCUCUGAUUGAUGUAAUGACAUUGGUUAGUUUAUUUUAUAAUGCUUGGAAGGAAAAACAAGUACAAAAACAAAUAAAAGAUAAUAUAAGGCCGCCAAUCAUUGUCAAUGUUCGAAGAAAAGUUAAAGGAGAUCCUUUACCAAGAAAUAUAUUUAUAUCUUCAGACCGUUUAGUUCCUGGGGAUUUGCUGAAUAUACCUAAAGGAGGUUACGAAUUUAUGCCUUGCGAUGCGUUGCUUUUAUCAGGCCAAUGCGUCGUAAGUGAAGCGAUGCUAACUGGUGAAAGUAUGCCAAAUUAUAAAAUACCCGUUAAGCUGUUGGAAGCUAAUGAGAUGUUUAACCCAAGAAAAGAUUCUAAGCAUCUUUUAUUAGGUGGCUGCAAAAUAGUUCAAACAGAGCUGGAAUCUGGCAGAAACUACAUUGAAUGCGUGGUCAUGAGAACAGGUUUUAACACCCUCAACGGUGACAGGAUCAGAUAUAUCAUAUACCCCAAGCCAACUGUUUUUAAAUUUACUAGAGACAUUAAAUUUUAUAUUAUUUGCCUGGCUACACUAGCGAGUAUUGGCGUCAUUUUUAAAAUUACAAUAAACUUAUUAAAGUCUAGUUAUGAGAUGUCGGAAUUUAUAAUAAUAUGGGAUAGCUUGGAUUUAUUGAUAACUGCAGUGUCCCCCGCUCUUCCGGCCUGUUUGGCCAUAGGCAUCGCCAUAGCGUACAACAGAUUGAGAAAAGAGAGUAUUUUGGUUUUAAAUACUAACGCUAUUGCGGUAUCAGGAGCCAUCAAUGCAAUCAUUUUUGACAAAACCGGUACUUUAACCGAAAACGACAUAGAGAUCUUAGGGAUCAUAGAUAUAGACAAUUCGACUAUGAAAUUUAAUGAUAAAGUGAAAUUCCCGGAUAAAUUGGAAUUCGAUUCAUUUUUAAAGGCUUUAGUUACUUGUCACACUUUGAGUAAUGUAGAUAAUAUUUUAAUCGGUGAUCCUUUGGAUAUAAAAAUGUUUGAAAGCACGAGAUGGAGAAUAAAAGAUUACAAACUUUCAAAAUCCGAUAUUAGAAUCAUAUUGAAGCCGGCUAAAGACGAUAACAAUAAAACGAGUAUCGGUGUUGUUCAUCGUUUCCCAUUUGAGUCUGAAUUGCAAAGAAUGAGUAUCAUUUGCAAUGUUUAUGGCACAGAUUAUUUUGAAGUUUAUUGUAAAGGAUCUCCUGAAAAAUUACACGAUAUGUGCGUUCCUCAUUCGAUUCCAGAAAACUAUCAUAAAGAGUAUGAAUCACAUGCUGCUCAGGGAUAUAGGAUACUAGCUUUUGCAUUUAAAUAUUUAGAUGAUUAUAAAUUGGCUGACAUGGAAAGUGUAAAAGAAUUAUCUAGGGAGUUAAUUGAGUGCAAUCUCUGGUUUCUCGGAUUUCUAAUUAUGGAUAACCCUUUAAAAAAAGAAACAAUUCCAAUUAUACAAGAUUUAUCUAAAAUCAAAAUGAGAAUGGCAAUCGCUACAGGGGAUGGAAUGCAUACAACUAUAUCAAUAGCUAAACAGUGUGGUUUAAUUAAAAGAAAUGAAAAGGUUAUCAUUAUUGAGGCAGAAGGUGGACCGGGAAAAUCUCAAGAAAUAAGAUAUACUCGAGAUACGAGUCAGGAAAGCGAAAUAGUCGAAAGGAUAGAACACUCGAGAGGAGGUACGACUGAAUAUUUUGAGAAUGAAUGCCCCGAUGAAUAUGCUUAUACAUUAGCAAUUACGGGUGAAUCAUUUGAAAUGGUGAGGAAAUAUUUUCCUGAUAUUAUACCUAAAUUGAUGGUGAAAGGUGGUAUUUUUUCGAGGAUGUUUCCUGAGCAAAAGGCUCAAUUAAUAGAGGGCAUGAAAGAGAUGCAAUACUAUGUGGCUAUGUGCGGGGACGGAUCAAAUGAUUGUAGAGCACUCAAAGAAGCACACGCGGGUAUAUCAUUAUCAGCGGCAGAAACAUCUAUAUCAGCUAACUUCAUUUCGAAUACGCCGAAUAUUAAAGCAGUUAAAGUUAUAUUAAGAGAAGGCCGUGCAGCUUUGUCAACUUCAUUCGGUGUAUUUCAAUAUGUGGCAGUUUAUAGCUUUGUACAACUGGUAUCUGUUUUACUAUUAAGUUGGAAUGAAUCAGACUUUAGUAUUACACAAUAUUUAUUUUUGGAUUUGCUUCAACUAAUCAUAUUAAUAGACCUUUCAUCAAUAAGUCCUACUCAAAUAGAAUUAUCCCCUUCAUAUCCAGAAGUAAGCUUAUUUGGUUUUAUACCUUUUCUCUCAUUAUUAAUAUAUGUCAUGCUAAAUUCGUCAAUUCAAGUUGCAGUCUUAGAGCUAACAACUUUGCAAAAUUGGUGGUUAAUUCACGCACCAUUCUAUAGGAAAGAUUUUACUUGUUACGAACAAACUGCCGUAUUUACUAUGAUAACUUAUCAAUACGUCUAUUUGAUUAUAGCCUAUUUCGAAGGCAAACCUCAUCGCCAACCCAUGCAUAAAAAUUACGCCCUUAUUACAUAUAUUUUGGUGUUGAUCGCAUUUAUUAUUUUUCUCACUUUAGCGAAUGAAACCGUUAUGCACAAAUGGUUAUAUUACCGCACUUUUCCAUCAAAAGUAUAUAGAUUACAAGUUUUUGGUGCUGCAUUAUUUAAUGGAUUUUUAAUGAUUAUUGCAAAAAAAAUAAUUAUAGAAUAUUUUUUGCAAAACUUCAAAAAUAAUUGUAUCAACAAAGUUUAUUUGAGAUAUGAAAAAAUGGAAGAAGAAUUGAAAAGAUUGGUUAAAUGGCCUCCAGUAACUCAGGAUGUAAAAUCCAUCCCUGCCACUACUCUAAGAGAGCUCAACUCGGCUGAAUUACCAAAUAUUCCGCGAGGGACUAUUAUAGCCUGACUGUUGCACUCUUAAAACAUUUAUAUUUAUAUUCUUUUUUAAAACGUUUUUUUCUUAAAUAAAGUACAUAUCUCAAAAAAUCAUUCCUGAACUUGGUAUCAUUUUUCAUUUAUUUGUUGUAUCAAUAAAAUUUUUAAAAGAUAUAUAUAUACUAUUUUAUUUUUUAUACGCCAAUUUUAUAUUGAUAAAUUCUAUGAC